CUUGUUCCCUCAUUUGCUUUAUGAUGUCUCCCACUGGGUACUUUUGCCGAUUCCUUGAGGGGACUAAUCCAAUAUGUACCAAAGUUCUCAUCUUUGGGGUAGUUUCUGAGCCUUGCUUCAGAUGGGUACUUGGGUUUUGCUCUCUUUCCAUGUUCCUUCCACCUGUUUGAUCUCAAUCGGAUUAAAAUAACACUGUUAUUGAGCUUGAAAGGGUUUAAUGAUGUGGUUCCCUCUGCUUGCCAGUUUGUUGGCUUUUCCUUUUCAUUUCUCUGGGAGAGAGAUCUAAACAAGUUGAGGUGGAGGGGAAAGUGGGGCAUUGUUUCCAUUUUAAUUGAUUGCCUUGGAUAGUUGGAUUGGAAUGCAAGUGAAGGUAAGGGAAAGUGUUGUGUGCUGCUAAGCUAAUAAUUGCUGUUUAGCCUUUUGUGCCCUCCGGUGGUUGUUUUGCUUUAUUGCUUUUCCUCUCAUAGGGAGGGAGAGGGAGAGGCGGAGGGAGAGAGAGAACAGAAGCUCUCUUUGUUUUGUUAAAGGGAAAAACUCUCAAUAGUUGCAGUUCCGUAGGGAUCAAAUGCUGUGUUUUUCUCUGAGCCUUUUUCUUCUUUAGCUUCUGAUCUCAAAGCUUGAAAUCAUUGAUGAUGGGUUCCAAAUCUAGCAAUGGGAUUAGAAAUGGAGUUGGAAUUCAAGAAGAAGAGCAGCACUUCAGAUCUGAGUCCUAACACUGUCCUUCCGCUUAGACAAUGUUCUGAAUCUGAUAGCAAAACUGCCCACCAUCAGAAUCUCACUCGUAAAGAUCAUUUCUUGAGGGUAAAGGAAGGCUUCACAGAGAUUAGCUUCCGCCGUUAUCGUAGUACCUCUUGUAAGAAUGUUCCAUCUUCUAGGCCUUCUGGAGUAUUAGCACCUAGCGUAGACCUGAAGCGAGGUUCCAUGUAUCAAAGCUCCAGAGAUGUAAUGCGAAUAAAGAAAAUGGAGUCUUCUUCUUAUAAUGAAGGAAGGAGGAAGAUCGAGUUGUCACGUGGUAGCCACACUUCUUUCUCCUUGGAUGUUGUUGAGUCAUUGUGUAGCUCGGAUGAAGAGGAUGCUCAGAAGGUGCAUCCUGCAUCAGCAUUAGAAGCGAAAAUGAACCUGAUUUCUGGUCAAAAGCCUCGUUUGGAUCCUCCUUGUCCAUCAGCUGAUGCAUUUAUCGAAAUUUGUCCAAAUUUGGUUGUCAGAGAGCGACGAGAUGCUGGAACUGUUGGAAGAAGUCAUUUGAGAAGUGAGACUCAAGGCUUGAGAAGUGAGAAUGUAGCUGGUCCUCAGAAUGAUGCUAAUUCCCUCCUCGAAAGAGAUGUGCCAACGUUUCACAAAACACUAUCUGCUAAGCUAGAAAUGCCUCAUUCGCCUUCUUCUGCUUCUGAGAGUGAUUGCUCCACUCGUGGAAGUUCAAAGUCGAGAUUCGUACCAAUCAGAAAGAUGUUUGAUCCGUUCAUGAAGUCAAAGUCUCUGCGCAGUCCAUUGAGCAAUGCUCCUUAUCCAAGUGAUCAUCCUAAAGCCAAUGGGACAGUGGCAGCCAUGAGAAGGAACGAGCUCUUAAGAAAGUCUCUAUUACAUGACUUCUCACAUACUUCUCAGCAGAAUCAUCAUUCUUCAAAUGUUGCAAGUUCAGCAGUUCACCUACAUGGCAGUCUCAAGUUGAAGAACAAAAACAAGGUCCCCUACUUCGAGUUCUCGUUGUCCUCCCCCGAGGAAGUUCUUGUGGCAAAGACUUGGAAAGUAAACAAUGCUUCCAAGUGGGUUUACACUUUCCACACCGUUUGUAACAGAAAAAGGAGCAAUGCCAGUGGACGAGGUGGGGCUGACGAAAGCAAGGAGUCCAUGGUAGUAGCAGGGCAGAUGCAUGUCUCCUCAUAUUUGCAUUCCGAGGUACAAGAUUGUCCUCUGUCAGACAACUCAAUGGUGACCGAAUUUGUGUUGUACGACAUUGCACAUGCGAGAAACAGUGUUUCUUCAGAAGGCUCCCCUGAUGUCAACAAAUCUAGUAGCAAUGGCUCCUUCCCUUGUUUGGAUGGUGGGAUGCAUCAUAACACGGAUGAUGGUUCAACUACCCCGAGUCAUAGCAGUUCUCCUCACAACAUGUCUGUGGGUUUGCAGCCUGACCUCGAGAUUGCAGCAAUUGUUAUUCAAAUCCCUUUUGCGAAGAGGGAGAGCUUGAAGUACAAGAGAGGUUACAACAGUAGGAAGAAAGUGCAUUUGAACCUGCUCAACUUCUCCAUGGCUGAGAGAAGUGCAAAGCAAAGUCCUGAUAGGGAAAGUACAGAAAAGGUGAAGGUGGUAAUUCCCAUGGGAAAUCACAGCCUGCCAAGUGAUGCCGAAUCCCAGGGGCCAUGUUCAUUGCUUGACCGGUGGAGGUCAGGUGGGGGAUGUGAUUGUGGGGGAUGGGAUAUGGCAUGUCCCCUCAAUGUUUUUGGAAAUCCUGACAUCCAAUGUGGUGAAGAUGAACCUCUCGUCGAUAGCCAGAAGCCGUUGGAGCUCUUUAUUCAGGGUACGAAAGAGAAGACACCAGCACUUAUGAUGAGAGUAGUGGAAGAAGGCGAGUAUGCAGUCGAUUUCCAUGCAAAGCUAUCCACUUUACAAGCAUUUUCCAUCUGCGUUGCCAUGCUGCACGGCUCAGAAGCUGCAAGCGCAGUUGGGGAUAGCAGAAGGAAGAAGAAGCCGAUGCUGCCACAUUGCAACUCGCUGAAGGUACUGAUAGAGGAAGAGGUCAAGUUCUUGAUCGAUGCAGUGACGGAGGAAGAGAAGAAGAAACCUUGUAAGAAAUUGGAAAAAAAGCAGCAGUCUUACAAGCUCAAGCCUCCAAUAUCUCCAUUUUCUCGGGUAUAGUAGACUCAACCACUCAAAUGAAGAAUCAGAAAGAAGCAUUGCUUUUUGGAAAGCAAGAGUCCGACUUGCAUUGAUCGGGAGAUGACCAGGGAAGAGAAUGAUGUUGUAAGAUGUACAAUUGAAAGUUUUGAUCUUUCCCUUUUUCGGUUCUGGAAGCCAUUGGUUUAGAGUAGGGAGUUAGAGAUAGGAAACACAAAUAUUGUGCAUAAAGUGUGUAGCUCAAGAAAAAGUUAUAGCAGGGAAUGAAGUACAGAUUUCUUUAGAGAGGAUAGAGUUUCAUUCUUAAUGUGCUAUUGGGGGUUACGUUGUAUUAUAUUAAAUCUGUCUCCAAAGCUGCUGCUAGGAGUUCUUUCUGCAA